AUGGCAUCUAUCUUCCGUCGCGGACUCGAGUAUCUUUCCCCUUCUGCCUCUCCGGCGCCUUCAUCUGUUUCCGAUUAUGAAGCCACCAGUGUACCUGCAACCGGAAAGCCCGCUGUAGCUUCAAAAGUUAUCACCGCCCAAUCUCCAAGUACACUCUUCACCGUUGUCGACCCUACCGUUGACGGCGAAGAUUGCGACCAUGACUGCGCCUCCUGCACGAUAAAGUAUCCUGCAAAGUUUAGCGUUGACUAUGAGGAUGAACUAUACGGACAUGUGAAGGGGUGGGCGACGCAUGUGCUCGUUGCCACGGGGAAGACAGACUGGGUGAGGGACGUUGCGGAUGAGAAAGGGAGUGUGAUGGAAGCAAUUGAGAGAGGGGGAGUUAGUGCAAAGAACGGAGCGCUUAAAUUGUCCGCAUCGAACAUUCCUGUACCGGAUGAGUAUUAUCACCAUCCCGAGGGCGAGCAACCAACAACCGUCCUCCUACUACCUGCAUUUACAAUAAUUGACCAUGUAACGCCUGCUCUGGUGCCGAAUUUGAUCAGGCAAUUCGUCGACCUUUCUCCGACAACUACAACUCCUUUGUCAGACGUCAUGCAGAUAGCGGGGCAAGAAGAACCCACCGAACAGACCCCCUCUGACAUCAACAUACCUGAACGACCGCCUCUCGAUCUCAAAGAUCUAAGUGAAUCACUGCCUACGUCUCUUCGCUCUCGCCCUUGCUCGCACGCCGCUGUCAUACUCCUUUGCUCUCAAAAGACUCGAGAUGCCCGCUGUGGUCAAUCGGCCCCGCUGCUGCGUCGAGAAUUCGAGCGACACUUGCGUCCGCUGGGUCUUUAUCGGGACCUCCAUGAUGAGAGGCCUGGUGGUGUUGGUAUCUAUUUCAUCAGCCAUGUCGGUGGACACAAAUAUUCAGCAAACGUCAUAGUGUAUCGAAGACGGAAUUUCGAAUGGUUUAAGGAAGGCAAAGACGAUUGUUCGAACAACGUUGAGUCGAUGGAAAAGGAGGGAGCGUCUCAGGGUAUCUGGCUUGCACGAGUCAGGCCAGAAGACUGCGAGGGGAUUGUGAAGUUUACUGUGCUCCAGGGGAAAGUUGUGAAACCCGGCUUGCAGCUCAGGGGUGGAUUUGACCGCGAAAAGGGAUUGAUCAGCUGGUAA